CACGUGACAGUGCCUAAGGGCAUAGUCGCAUAGAAUAACUUUUCGGGACGGACGGAGUGCUACAUUUUUCUCUCUCUCAUCUCUGCGUUGCUGUUCGUCCCCUGAGGAGGCCCGUCUGCUUCGAAAACCCUCCUCCUCCUCCUCCUCCUCCUCUCUUUCUCUCUCUCUGAAUACAAUGACGACUGCCGAUAUAUUCACCGACAAGAACGCGGUCUUCAGAAAGCUGAAAUCCAAGUCAGAGAACAAGAUGUGUUUCGAUUGCAAUGCGAAGAAUCCAAAUUGGGCGUCCGUCACGUACGGGAUCUUCCUGUGCAUCGACUGCUCGGCUGUUCAUCGCAGUCUCGGCGUUCACAUCAGCUUUGUUAGGUCUACAAAUUUAGACUCGUGGACACCGGAGCAGUUGAAGAUAAUGAGCUUUGGGGGAAACAACCGUGCUCAAGUUUUCUUCAAGCAGCACGGAUGGACUGAUGGAGGCAAGAUUGAGGCUAAGUAUACCUCAAGGGCCGCUGAUUUAUAUAGACAAAUUCUUGCAAAAGAAGUUGCUAAAAGCUCUGCAGAGGAGGCAGGUUUGCCGUCUUCACCCAUCGCUUCUCAGUCCGCAAAAGCCUCUAAUGGACUUCCUGAUGUCAAGAUCAGUGAAUCUCCAAAAGAAGUUUUCACAGGAAAGCAAGAAUUUCCUGAUGUCUCUGCUUCUCCUAAAGCUUCUCAUACUGUGGUUAGUCAUCCUGUUAAGAAGCCUCUUGGUGCAAAGAAACCUGGAAAGAUUGGGGGGCUUGGUGCUCGGAAGCUUACUACUAAGCCGAGUGAAAGUCUCUAUGACCAGAAGCCUGAAGAAAAACCUGUGCAAGUUUCUACGUCAACUAAUAUUGCCCCAACUGCCAGCUCAGCAUUUACAUCACGGUUUGAGUAUGUAGAUAAUGUGGAAGCUGCUCCAAUGAGUUCUGGAGGCACACAUGUGAUUAACCAUGUAGCCCCGCCAAAAGCAUCAAGCUUUUUUGCAGAAUUUGGGAUGGACAGUGGUUUCCCCAAGAAAACAGGCUCCAAUUCAUCCAAAGUUCAAAUUGAGGAAAGCGAUGAAGCAAGGAAGAAGUUCUCUAAUGCAAAAUCUAUUUCAUCAGCCCAAUAUUUUGGGGAUCAGAACAAAGCUGCUGCAGAUGCCCAACUUUCCUUGCAAAAGUUCUCAAGUUCAACGGCAAUCUCUAGUGCAGAUCUCUUUGGUGACCGUGGAGAUGAUUCCUCACUUGAUCUCACUGCAUCUGACCUCAUUAACCGGCUUUCUUUCCAGGCACACCAGGAUAUCUCUUCUCUGAAAAAUAUAGCAGGAGAGACGGGGAAGAAACUAAGUUCCCUGGCAUCCACUUUAAUGACAGAUCUUCAAGACAGAAUUCUCUGAUGAUGCUGUGUAUUGUUUUCGAAAUCACCGGAAGUGUUUGUUACUAUAGCAUCCGAUAUUAUAUCUCGUGGAUGUAAAAAAUGAGUCCAUGAAAUUCUUUGAAGUGUCAAAAAUAAGAUUUUAAAGCUCACGAGGCUUAUGAUAAGCUUGUGUUAUUAUGAUUUGUAGCAGACGAAUUGUCCCAACAUGGGUUGUGUAUGUUGUUAUUUGGAUUUUAGGGAGCGUCGAUGUUUGUUUAUUCGGCAAGUCUUCUGCAUUUUGAUGUGAACCAUGUUCAGAUGAGAUGCCCUAAAAGACUGGAAGUACAUCGGAUUUCAAGAUAACAGUAAAUUGUUGUAGCCUUUAUUAGGAUUAUGUUCAUGUUGGACCAAAAGUUGAAUUAAACCCUUUUUUGUCA